CAUGCGGAUCCUCUUCCUCUGCCUUCUGACUCUCGCUGAUACCCACGGACAAGUGGCACAGACGCGGUUCGUGGAGGAACCAGAGGACCAGACAGUGGUGGCUGGCCAGAGGAUCGUCCUCUCCUGCGUGGUGCUCAAUUAUUCUGGGAUCGUGCAAUGGACCAAAGACGGCCUCGCCCUGGGGAUGGGGCAGGGGCUCAAAGCCUGGCCACGCUACCGCAUCGUGGGCACAGCCGACUCAGGCCAGUACAACCUGGAGAUCACUGACGCCGAGCUCUCCGAUGACGCCGUGUAUGAGUGCCAGGCCACCGAGGCUGCACUGCGGUCCCGCCGGGCCAAGCUCACCGUGCUGAUCCCCCCCGAGGACCCCAGCAUCGAUGGAGCCCCUGAGAUCCUGCUGCGUGCGGGGACGCCGUACAAUCUGACCUGCCGGGCGCGCAACGCCAAGCCAGCGGCCACCAUCGUCUGGUACCGGGAUGGGCUCCAGCAGGACGGAGCCAUCACCAGCACGGAGGUGUUGGCCGACGGCAAGCGGGAGACGACCACCAGCCAGCUCGCCAUCAACCCAACUGACCUUGACAUCGGACGGGUGUUCUCCUGCCGCAGCACCAAUGAUGCCAUCCCAGCGGGCAAGGAGACCUUCAUCAAGCUCAACGUUCACCAUCCCCCGACUGUCACCCUGUCCAUCCAGCCCCAGACGGUGCAGGAGGGCGAGAGGGUUGUGUUCACCUGCAUGGCGACCGCCAACCCUGAGAUCAAAGGCUACAGGUGGGCCAAGGGAGGGGUGAUCAUUGAGGAUGCCAAGGAGAACAAGUACGACACACAGGUGGAUUACACUUUCUUCACGGAGCCUGUCUCCUGCGAGGUGCACAACGACAUUGGCAGCACCAACGUCAGCACGCUGGUGGACGUGCACUUUGCUCCUCGGAUUGUGGUGGACCCUAAACCCACCAUCACAGACAUUGGCUCCGACGUGACACUGACGUGCGUGUGGUCCGGCAACCCACCGCUGACCCUCACCUGGACCAAAAAGGAGUCCAACAUGGUCCUGAGCAACAGCAACCAGCUGUACCUGAAGUCUGUCACGCAAGCCGACGCAGGGCAGUACGUCUGCAAAGCCAUCGUCCCCCGCAUAGGCGUGGGCGAACGCGAGGUCACCCUUUUUGUCAAUGGACCCCCCAUCAUCUCGAGUGAGGCCGUGCAGUACGCGGUACGUGGGGACCGCGGCAAGGUGGAGUGUUUCAUCGGCAGCACACCACCCCCGGACCGCAUCGCAUGGGCCUGGAAGGAGAACAUUUUGGAGGCAGGGACACUGGAGCGGUACACAGUGGAGCGGACUAACACGGGCAGCGGGGUCCUCUCCACCCUCACCAUCAACAACGUCAUGGACGCCGACUUCCAGACCCGCUACAACUGCACGGCCUGGAACAGCUUCGGGCCGGGGACCGCUAUCAUCCAGCUGGAGGAGAAAGAGGUCUUGCCCGUGGGCAUCAUCGCCGGUGCCACCAUUGGGGCCAGCAUCCUCGUCAUCAGCUUCCUCGUCGCACUUGCCUGCUUCCUCUACCGGCGCCGGAAAGGAAGCCGUAAGGAUGUCACCUUGCGCAAGCUGGACAUCAAGGUGGAGACAGUGAACAGGGAGCCCCUGACGCUGCAUGCGGACCGCGACGAGGACACAGCCAGCGUCUCCACGGCCACCCGCGUCAUGAAGGCCAUCUACUCGUCGUUCAAGGAUGACGUGGACUUGAAGCAGGACCUUCGCUGUGACACCAUCGACACCCGCGAGGAGUAUGAGCUCAAGGACCCCACCAACGGCUACUACAAUGUCCGCGCCCAUGAGGACCGCCCGUCCUCCCGCACCGUCCUCUACGCUGACUACCGCAACCCCGGCCCAGCACGCUACGACACCCGCCCACCCUCCCGCCUCUCCCACUCCAGCGGCUACGCUCAGCUCAACACCUACAGCCGUGGUCCCACGUCCGACUACAACGCCGAAGCGGCACCAGGUCCCGGACCCCCUCCUGGCACAGCGGGUGGUGAGACGGCAAGCCAGCUCUCCUAUGAGAACUAUGGGGGUCACGCUGCCUUCCCGGCCGGCACCGGUUAUGCCACCUACCGCCUGGGGUACAGUCAGCCCCCCAGCCUGGACCGGGCACCCUACGACGCCUACGACCCCAUGGGCAAGUACGCCAGUGCCACCCGCUUCUCCUACACCUCCCAGCACUCGGACUACGGGCAGCGCUUCCAGCAGCGGAUGCAGACGCACGUCUAGGGUGGGCAGGGGCUGGCAGGCAGCACCGAAA